UUAUUUCAAAACUAUUUUUGAGCAGAGUACGUAGCCUGUCUAUGCGGCCUGUUAUUUUUCGUCACUAAGCAAGUUGAGGCUUAAUUUGUCAUGUCAGUAUAUUUUUUUCAACGGAGACAGACACAUUUAUAGACAUUGCCCAGCGACGCAUUAUGCUACUCUAGAAAAAUAUUUGCUGCACUUUCUUUUAGUAUUUGAGUAGUAGAAAAUACCAUAUUUUGCUGUUCGCUUCUGUGGGGCGUUUUAGUUUCAUGGGAUGAAGAAACUAUAUUUUCUUUAAUGAGUGUGUAGGCCAUUGUGCUGGACUUUAUGUCAGACGUUUUCGUUAUUAUUUAGGCGCGUUUAUAGUAAGACUGCAGUGAAAACAAGCUGUUCAACUUGACUUGCAACUAAUUCAACUUGACUUGUAACUAAUUGUUGGCUAAAGUCGCUAUCAGAAUGACCGAGGACAAUGUCACGAAAAGUAUUGAAAUCAUUAAAGAUCAACUGUAUUUCGCAGUACUGCAGCAGAAGAUAAAAAGCACAGCUGACAGACAUUGCUUCUGCAUAGAUGAUGAGCUGUCAUAUGAAAACUUCUAUGCAGACUUUGGCCCGCUCAACCUGGCCAUGUUUUAUCGCUUCUGUUGCAAGCUCACUAAAAAGCUCAAGUCAUGCACACUAGCAAAGAAGAAGAUAGUCUUCUACACCUGUGGAGAUCAAAAGAAACAAGCCAACGCUGCUUAUCUCAUUGGUUCAUAUGCAGUGAUGCAUCUUCAGAAGACGCCAGAGGAAGCCUACAGUCUACUGGUGUCCAGGAACUCUACCUACUUACCCUUCAGAGAUGCCUCUUUUGGAACCUGCAUGUACAAUCUGAACAUUCUAGACUGCCUGUGCGCCAUAUACAAGGCUCUGCAGUUUGGCUGGCUUGAUUUCUCCCAGUUUGAUGUGGAGGAAUACGAACAUUACGAGAGAGCAGAAAAUGGAGAUUUCAACUGGAUAGUUCCUGGAAAAUUCCUAGCGUUCAGUGGUCCUCAUCCAAAAAGCAAAAUGGAGAAUGGUUACCCUCUUCAUGCCCCCGAGGCCUACUUUCCUUACUUCAGGAAACACAAUAUCACAACCAUCGUCCGUCUCAACAAGAAGAUGUAUGACGCCAAGCGUUUCACCGACAUGGGCUUCGAGCACCACGACCUAUUCUUCGUGGACGGGAGCACGCCAAACGACUCCAUCGUCAGGAUGUUCCUCAACAUCUGUGAGAACGCAGACGGAGCUAUUGCUGUUCACUGCAAAGCUGGUCUGGGUCGAACAGGCACCCUGAUAGGCUGCUACAUGAUGAAGCACUACCGCCUGACUGCGGCUGAGGCCAUCGCCUGGAUGCGGAUCUGCCGGCCCGGAUCAGUCAUCGGACCACAACAAAACUUUGUGGAAGAUAAGCAGAGCAGUCUGUGGUCGGAGGGCGAUGUGUUCCGGGAGAAAAUGAACGAGCAGGAAAACGGCAAGCUGGCUGUCACCAGGAUCCUGUCGGGGGUUGAUGACAUCACCAUCAAUGGCAGCAACAAGAACAAGAUGUCCAAGAAAGAAGAGGCGGAACUGUAUAAUGACGAUGAGGAGAUGAAUGGCAUCACGCAGGGUGAUAAACUGCGAGCCCUGAAAAGCAAGAGACAGGCCAGAGCAUCCACAGGCUCCCUAUCACAAGAAGAAAAAAACAUCCACAGCAGGUCAUCGCAGUCUUUAAGGAUUCUCCUUCAGUCCAGUGGGCAGAGCUGUAAAGCUGUGGUGAACCCCUCCCAUCUCCCUGAUGCCUCCGAGAAAAGGAAGAGAACCAGAACCUCACUGCCUGCCAAUAGUGUGGGGGGCAGCUCCCUGUGCCACUCCAGACUAGCCAGGUCUCUAGACAGCAUGCAUGUAGUGACCAGUGACAGAGAGCCAGUGUGCCGUGAGCCCAGUUGUUGCCGUAGAGACACGGUCAACCUGCCCAACCUAAACAUGCUGCAGGCCCCUCGGAAGACGCAGAAGACGGAGAACUCGAUGCUCUUUACAAUCAAUGCGCUUAACGAGACUAUGGUAUCCGUUUCCCUUUUCUAUCCCUUUUGUAUGGCUCAUUGCUCUGUUAUGCUGUUGUGUCUCCAGACAAUCUGCUCUCUUAAUUACCCACAUCUCUAAGUCCUUUAUAAGAUUAGAAUUGACCGACUGCAUGCAUAGUAAAGUCUUGCAUAUUGUGUUUUUGUAACCCCUCUUUAGGGUCUUUAAUGAAUAGAAGACAUUGUAGUAUUGUUGCGGUGUAUUAUCUGAAUGUCCCAUUUCUCUCUGCCUGGGUGUAAUUGUGUGCUUUUUGUCCCUUCAGUCACUCCAUACCAAAAGCUAGAGCUCCUCUACUGCGCUGAGCCUGGGGUCCCGGAAUUCUAAGAGUGGACUCCUGUAGAAGUCUACCCUACAGCCCCUAAAAAUUGAGAUUUUGUUUUCAUUUCUUAAAAGGGACUGUUUUUUUUUCUGUUUUUUCUUGAACCAGUCCAGUCGAUUUUUGAUAAAGGGAUGAUGUUCGAUGAGGAAAUGAUGCAUCUGAUUGUGAAUGGGAAGAACGAGUAAUCAGAUAUGAUUAAGAUGUAAACCAUGUUUGGUUGGUCUGGAAUUAAUUUGCCAAUUCUCUUUAUCAAAAGGCACUUCUUUUAUUGUAUUAUUUCACUGUUUAUCGUGUAAGAAAAUGUAAAAAAGGUUGUGUGCAUCUUAAAAUGAAACCCUGUUCUCUAUACAUUAGUCCUGGCCAUAAGUAAUGGGAAUAGAGUUCCAUUUCACACAUUUGUUGCCUGCUUGUUUACAUACUAGUAGAAGGUUGCCAUAGCAAUCCAGGCUGAUCCUGAACCAUCAGACUGUCAAUCUGCUUUUUGGUGAAGGUCCUCCAGAGGUAGGCACCGUCCACUUUUCUUAACCUGUUGUAUGAUCUAGAUCAGGUCAUGUCCAGCUGUUUGAAAGUUGAGGUGUUUUGUAGAUGAAAUCAUUUGUGAAAAGCUCAUGUUGGCCCUCUUGAACAUGCACCAUGUCUACUCUAGGGGGUAAUCUCUUUGGGGAGCAUCUUUCAGAAUGUUAUAGACAGAAAUGUAAUGCACAGAAGUAAUACAAUGCCACCCUCUUUUUUUUUAAAUAAUCGAUGGUUUGUCCAGAGUUGUAAAUCCUCAUUUCGCUUGUUGUAUUUCACUUGGCUCUAUUCAAUCCGUAUCGCGGGAAGUUCAACGUUCCCAAUUGAUUGAAAUUGAAUGGCAAUGUUCCCGCGUUAGCAGACCCUGCAUUCACGGUAAACUCUGCAUAUGUCCGUUCAAUCAGAAAUGGUCUUUACAUUUCUAGCGCUUCAGCGACGCAGACUGAAUAGCACCCUUAAUAUGCUCCACCUUUCUUUCAUUCUCCAGUGAAGCUUCCAGUCGGUUGUCUUUUUUUGUUGAGCUGCUGUACUUAAACUGUAAAUAAGUCAACAUUUUGAUAUACUAAAAAAAUGUAUUUGUACUUUGUAAAUAUUUUUGUACUUGUUAUGAUCAACCAUUCUAUAAAUUGUAAUCAGUCUUACAUACAAAAUGGUCCUAAAGGGGCCUCAUCUCAUUCAUAAUUAUCGUGCAUUAUAUAUCUGCUCGGAGCACAUGGAGUAUACCAGCAUUCUAAAAUUAAAUGCCACCAAUUAUA